CGGCGAGCCGGGCUGCGGCUGCGGCGGCUGCAGCCAUGUGUUUCUCCGCCUGCCUGUGACACAAUAACACGGGAAGCGGGGAGUGGAUCGAAGCCUGCCGUGGGGAAAAGUGACCUGCCCCGCUCAGGUGAGCCGAAGCGUGAGCGGAAGGCUGCCGGUGCCCCCCAACUCCAGCGCCAACCUCUGCACAGGGGCUGAGGCCGGACGACAGGCGCCUCUGGGAACUGCCAGCGCGGGCAGCGCGACAGGGGACGGCGGCGGGUCAGCGGUCCCCCAUCACCCGGCGGUGCUGUGCCCGCAGGCCGGCGGCGAUGGAGGAGGGCAUGAGCAGUAUGCAGCAGAAAGCGGCGGAGCUGGAGCACAUGGCCGAGGUCCUGCUCACCGGCGAGCAGCUCCGACUCCGACUGCAUGAAGAAAAGGUCAUUAAAGAUCGGCGUCACCACCUUAAGACCUACCCGAACUGCUUUGUUGCCAAAGAGCUGAUCGAUUGGCUGAUUGACCAUAAAGAGGCCUCAGACCGAGAGACAGCUAUUAAACUGGUGCAGAAAUUAUUGGAUCACAGCAUAAUCCACCACGUGUGCGAUGAGCAUAAGGAAUUUAAGGAUGUCAAGCUAUUCUACCGCUUCCGAAAAGAUGAUGGGACAUUUCCCCUGGACAAUGAGGUGAAGGUGUUCAUGAGAGGACAAAGGCUGUAUGAAAAGCUGAUGAAUUCUGAAAAUACUCUUCUGCAAGCAAGGGAAGAGGAAGGAGUCAAGUACGAACGAACCUUUGUGGCAUCAGAGUUCAUUGACUGGCUGAUCCAGGAGGGUGAGGCUACGACACGGACUGAGGCAGAGCAGCUUGGACGCAGACUUUUGGAGCAUGGGAUUAUACAGCAUGUGUCCAACAAGCACCAUUUUAUGGACAAUGACUUGCUCUACCAGUGCAGAAUGAAUUUCCGUCGGCGGCGGCGAUUAAUGGAGCUGCUCACUGAGAAGUCUCGCUUGAUGCCAGAAAGCCAUGACAGCCCCUUCUGCCUGCGCAAGCAGAACCAUGACAACAGAAAACACACCAGUUUCCUCUCAGUGAGUCCCACCAAGGAGAUAAAAAUCGUGUCAGCAGUACGGAGAAGCAGCAUGAGUAGCUGUGGCAGCAGCGGGUACUUCAGCAGCAGCCCAACACUCAGCAGCAGUCCACCCGUGCUCUGCAACCCCAAGUCUGUAUUAAAGAGACCUGUGACUGCUGACGAGCUCUUGAUGCCUGGAGCCCCAUACGUAAGAAAAACUUUUACGAUUGUUGGUGAUGCAGUGGGCUGGGGCUUUGUGGUGCGAGGGAGCAAGCCCUGCCACAUCCAGGCUGUGGACCCCAGCGGGCCAGCAGCUGCAGCUGGGAUGAAGGUUUGCCAAUUUGUUGUAUCUGUCAAUGGCCUCAAUGUUCUCCAUGUAGAUUACAGGACAGUGAGCAACCUCAUCCUGACUGGUCCUCGAACAAUUGUCAUGGAAGUGAUGGAAGAAAUAGAGUCCUGAGAAGGGAAGGAACUUUCAUUGGACUUUUUUGUGAGAGGAAUAAGGACAACCGUGGAGUGGCAUGACAGAAGGAAGCAGAACGUUGCUGUAUCUAAGUAGAUGACUUUGCUUUUGGGGAAGUGGGGCUCUCUUUCAUUUAACAAUAAUAGCACUGGUGAUUAUGUGGUGAAGUGAAAAAUGCACACCAGCAUAUUUUCCCUAAGGCCUUUAUUCUGCCUGACAGAGAUGAGGUUAAGGCCUUCAGGUUGUCUGUCCAGCCAUGUCUGCACUGGUCAAUGGUUUUGCACCAAAGAAGCCAUGCGGGUUUCUUCAGUUUGCCACUGAAUCAAAGCACUUCAGGAGAGGAAAGAAGUUAAACACUCUGGUGUUAAGAUGACAUAAAUGGUUUGAUUGACAUCUUUACAUUGGUAAAUAUUCUCCUGGUGUUCAGCUUUGUCCUAGGAACACGUGCUGUCACAGUUGCGCUCUCCUUGGGCUGAAGGACAGCCGACUGAAUGCUGAUUUGGUUGCAAUCAAACACAAACUGCAAAUGCAUGAGAAAAUAGGUGUUCAUUCUCCACAGAGGGUACUUGGAUAUGAAUGCUUGGGCCUGACCAAAUACACAGAUUGGUCUAGAAACAAAAAUUAUGCAGAUAGAAAAGCAUGCAGUGCUUUUACAAAAUCUGCUGUUGAAAAUCAGGCUGUUUUGUGUGGAACCCUGCAGACGGCUUUAGGUGCUCAAGUAUAAAAUACUGAUUUGGUUUUCUUCCUUAUCUUUAAAAGGAAGAGUAUCUCACCAUUGCUUUUCUUUUUU